UCUCUCACAGAUGGCGAUAAUAAUCGAACGUCACGGUGAGGUUAUGUUUUACAGAGCAAAAUACAAAGUAUAACAACACUGGAAUUGUUCGCCGUUUGAGCUUUACAUAAUUACGCAUGGUCGGACGUGAUCGAUUAUCAGCGGUCAUGUGAAAACUUGACGCGCAACCUCAUUCAUAUCUUUUGCGCCGCUGAGCAAUCUUGACUAUUGCGAUAUCAUUCCGUGAUCGCAUAUCGAUCGCUUCCAAUAGCUUCUGAUUUAACUUCUCAUCGGUGAUCAGUUACUGAUUCUUCAUUAUGUUGGAAGGAGUAAAGCACGUGCUGUUAGUACUUUCAGGAAAAGGCGGUGUCGGCAAGUCGACAAUCAGCACUCAGCUGGCACUUGCUUUGAAAGAAUCAGGUUUUCGCGUUGGGAUCUUGGAUAUAGAUCUCUGUGGUCCUAGCAUACCUUACUUGCUGAAUUUAGAGGGAAAAGAUGUUCACCAAUCCUCUGAGGGGUGGUUACCAGUGUUUGCUGACGAAGAGGAGAAUCUGUCCGUCAUGUCAAUCGGUUUUCUCUUGAAGAAUCAGAAUGAUAGUGUAGUCUGGCGUGGUCCUAAAAAAACUGGUAUGAUCAAACAGUUCCUAACUGAUGUGGUUUGGCGGGACAUUGAUUAUCUGAUCAUUGAUACACCACCUGGCACUUCUGAUGAGCAUAUUACAGUCAUGGAAAAUCUAAGCAACAUAAGUUGCGAUGGUGCGAUCAUAGUGACUACUCCACAAGCAGUUGCUGUAGAUGACGUUUUGCGAGAAGUGACAUUUUGUAGAAAAACUGGAAUUAACAUAAUCGGCAUUGUUGAAAAUAUGAGUGGCUUUGUGUGUCCUUCAUGUACAGAAUGUACCAAUAUAUUUUCUUCAGGCGGUGGAAUAGCUCUUUCAGAGAUGAUAAAAGUUCCAUUUCUAGCCAAAGUGCCUAUAGACCCGCAAAUGGGUAAGUUAGCAGACAAAGGACAGAGCAUUUUGGUGACGUUACCUGAUAGUCAAGUUGCACAGGUAUUCAGAAGACUAGUUGAAGAGGUCACUAAGAGUAAGGAAGCUUGAAGUUUCUCUUCUGAAGACAGAGUUUGCCAUAGCACUGUGUGUGAUUUCCAAGAUUAUAUGUAUUAUAUAUAUUUGCACGUGAUAUUACUGUCAAUUUUAUCCCAGACAAAUUUGUAGGAAAUUAUACAGGAAACUGUAUAUACAAGUACCUAAAGUUUUUUGUACUAUAACGUGUAUAGUUAUAAAAAAAAUAAAAAGUUAUAUUAUUUUA